AUGGCGGAGCAGGUAUUCAGGUCGAUAGCCGCAGAGGCAAAGCAAAUUCCUACAUGGGAUAUCGAGAGUAUUCUAACGAGAGCCGUAUAUCGAGCGCUCAGUGAUGGCGGAAACCAACUUGUCAACGUAGAGUACUCAAAAUAUCCUGCAAGUAUUGACAAAAGUCGAAUAACAACGGAUGCUCAACUGCAGUUGCGUUUGAUAGCGGAGAGACUCUGCACACGUGUGGAACGGCGCUAUGAAAAACGUCUUUUGCAGCAACGAGAGAAAGAUCGAGUAGACACCGAUCGAAAGUUGGCUGAUAUUCGUGCCGAGUAUGCAGAGCAAAUGGAGAUGAGGCGUCGAGAACUGGAACGGCAUAAAGCACGAUUGGAAGAACAAUUUGCUGAGAAAGAUCGAGCUCUCCGCCACAAAAUCGAGUUGCAGCUGGCGGAGAAAGAAAAUAUUCUCGAGAUCACAAGAAAAUCCUUAGAAAUACGUCUUGCUGAGUUGGCCAUGAAUAAGGAACACCUAGAUCGUGCAAAGGCUGAGUUCCAAGCAAAGUUCGCCUCCGAUGUGGAGCUUCUAAACAAAGAAUGGGCGAAACUCAGCGGGAAGCAAGAGGAGUUGAAAGAAUUCUAUCGGCAAGAAUUCGAAACCGAGCAGCUGGGUUUGGUGGAGAAAUCAGCGGAGCUAGAGAAGGUUAAUGCAGCUCUCAAGAAGAAGCUAAGCGAUAGCAGUACAGAAAUCUAUCAACUGCGCUCGCAGCUGACUAAAAUGACAAGUUUAGAGGAAGAUUUGAAAACUGCGAAUGAUAGGCUUCACAAGGAAAUGGGGGAGCGACAUCGUCUAUCACGAUGUUCUUACGAGGUGGAGCGUCUUCGAGAUGAGAAUGCCUAUUUAAAAGAAGAACUGGACGAGCUCAAGUCUACCGUUCGAGAAAUAAGAGGGAAAAGUUCUGUGGUACCUGUUGCAAAUAAGUCUAAUGAAGAGGCCCUGGUGGUAAAAAUAAACGAGCUGAAGAACAUUAUCCGAGUAAUGAAUGACAAGAUCGCCUCGCUCACUUCGGAACGUGACUAUUUACGGAAAAUGUUGCGUGACACGCGCAAGGAAGUAGCCAGUGACUCCAUGAUCAGAUUCCGAGAUGCAGUGACUGCUGGUGGAUCGAAGAAUUCCAGGCUGCUGCAUCGCUUGCGUGACACGGACAGUAGCGAAGAUACAUCCGUGUCCUCUAGUUCUGCGGACGUUGGGUCAUCAAGUUUACAGAAUUUGAAAAAAAGGUUCAAUACACUGGAGGAGCUAGCCAAGACCCUGAACACCACCAUCGAUUGUGUUGCAGCUGCUCGAUCUACGCACAGCCAGGUCCCCAUAUCACCAGAUUUGUUUGUUGUGCGUGUAGAAUUAUACAUAAGUGAAGGCUACGACGAUUUCUGUCGGUCUUUGAAGCAAAAUUUGGACAACCACAGUUCUCCAAAGAAAGCGAUGGAGAAGGAAGCUAGAGGCAAUGAGGCGAUUAGUUCGAGGGGACCGAUCAAUAUCUCACAGUCUGAAUCGUAUACUGAUAAGCGAGACGAUGGCAUGGGACCAUCGUCUUCAUCGAUUCAGAAGCCUGUUUCCUUCUUUCCAACAAGAGAAACACGAUCUACUCAAGGACUAGCCUCGGAAGGAAAUCCCUCUCAGCCAAACACUUCCACCGAAGCUGCUGCAGUACCAAGCAAUGGUAUUGGCUCAUUUGCGGAAAGAUUGAAAGCACGAAAUGAGGCAAAGCGAACACUCGUUUUCCAAACUCCGCCUGAAAAGGUCAGUUUAAUGAUAAAGUUGUUUAAUCAACGUUUAAGAAGCUUUCGGUCACUAAGACAGCAAACAAACUUUGAGAAAAUUUCUGCGAUAGAGGAAUUACCAUCUGAUUAUGAUCGCAAUUGUUUUAUACUCUUUCAAAACUUGGAGAUGGGUUUUCGCUUGGCAAUAUGUUUCAAAAAGAGGGUGUGUAAACUCAUCAAUUCUGUUUUUUAA